AUGAAUUAAAAUUAAAACUUUACAAGCAAUCUUAAUCUAUUUCCUGAAAUAGGAACCCAUGGAUCCAGAGGAAAAGUAAAUGCUUCAAUUUAAGCUAGCAAUAUGGUGGAAAUAAUAUUACCAUGAGAGGGACAGAAAUUUUUGAAGGCCUUACGACUGGAAGACCAUCAAAAAAUAUUAUAUAAGCCCAUUUCAAAGUCUUAAGAUUUUAUAGAAAAGUCUGUCGUCUAAUUCCAUUUUUAUUGAGAAUUCAUGAUAUGGAAGUCACCUGCAAUUCAUAAUAGGCAAUGCUCAAUGUUGCAAAUGUCAUUAGAAAAAGAGCAUAUUUACGAGAUCCAGAUGCAGUUGAUAGAUGGGUUUGAAUUCCAUUUUGAUAUUCAUAGGUUUAUAGAGGAUAUGAACUACUCUACCAAGCUGAAUGGCAUAUGUUAAAUAGAGAUCAUUUAUUCUAAUACUUUGCUAAUCAAAAUAGAUCUGAUGCUGGAUAUUCAUACUUAGAAAAUUAAAAACUUAAAGGAAAGAGUGAGUUCUUAAAAGAUUUCUAUAUCGGAAAUAAAACAUAUGAAUAUUGAAAUUAUAAGUUUAAAUAACAUAUUGAAAAC